ACGGGGAGGGGAGUCAGCCAAUCGCGUGGUGUGGUAUUGGAAGGUGAGGCGGCCUGGGAAACGCGUGGUCCUCCGUUUGUGGCCAUGGGGAAAAGGAAAAGUAGUAAAAGGAGGGAGAUCGUCAGCAGCCUGACCAAGAAACAGAAGAAACACCUGAGGGAAUUUGGGGAGGAACAUCCCUUUCACGAUAAGGUAUCUGACAAAGUCGAGCCAACUCAGAUUGUUGAACUGUCUGAUAGCUCAGAACAGUCUGAUUCAGAAAGUGAUGCAGAAUCUGGCCUGGAACGAGUGACUGCCUACCAACACCUAUGUUCCACCUUAAAAAAUAUUGCAUCAGAUGAAAGUGACAGUGAAAGUGAACUUGAAGGAGAGGUGGAGGAUGAAGAUGAUGAGAGUGAAGAGGUGGAGGAGGACAUAGAUGAAGAUCUUGCUAGUGAAGUUGAUGAUGAAAAUGGCCAAGGAGAGGGAGAUGCAUUGAGUGAUGCUGAAAACAAAAACACUACUGCAGAGAAAGAGCUUGAAAAUGAUGUAGUGAUACAUGAUAACAAAAACACCAAUGACCUGGAAGCUGAUUUUACUGAUGUAAAGAAUGAAGCCAAAUUCUGUCUAGAAAGUAACUACAAUGGAGAUGAGAAUGAAGAGGAAGUUUCUUGCACAAACAGUUCUGAAGAUCCAUUUAAGCAGCAUGUGGACAGAGAAAUGGACAGCAAUGAUCUGAAAACUAUAACCCAGAUUAAAAGUACAAUGCAGUGCAAGUGGACUACUCUUGGGACCCUAGUAUGGUCCAGCCCUCUGUUAAAAGAGACUUCCAUCAAAGAGUUAUCAUGCGAAUAUUUGGAAAAUCUUCACCUUCAAAAACCUCUAGAAGCAACGUGGCCUAAAUUAAAUAGUCAAACCCUUUCAAAAGCCAAACUGAAUCAGCAAGAAUUCUUCACGCCAUUACAGCAAGGACUAUUCUCUGUAAUGAAUGCUUACAAGGACUUGUAUUACCCAGAAAGGACAGCUAUUCAAAAUGGAGAAGAAGUUCGCCACACCUAUUGUUUACAUGUGAUAAAUCAUGUGUUGAAAGCAAAUUCACAGGUAUUAACUAACAACACAAAGAAGCGAGACAGGAAGGCAGAUAGUGAUGAUGAUGAUUUGAGGGAUCAGGGACUUACAAGACCCAAGGUACUUAUUGUGGUGCCAUUUAGAGAUUCUGCUUUAAAAGUGAUACAAACUUUGAUUGGUCUUCUUGAUGUGAAAGAUAAGCUGGAAAUAAGCAAUAAAAAGAGAUUUAAGGAUGAAUAUGGCUGUGAUCCAAAUGACAAACCACCAAAUCUAAAACGACCUGAAGAUUAUGAAGCUAUCUUUGCAGGCAACAUUGAUGAUCAUUUCCGAAUAGGUGUGGCCAUCCUUCGUAGGAGUAUAAGAUUGUAUGCACCAUUUUAUUCUAGCGACAUCAUCAUUGCUUCUCCACUGGGCAUGCGGACAGUUGUCAAAACUGAAGAUGACAAGACAGGGGACUUUGAUUUCCUUUCCUCCAUUGAAAUAUUAAUUAUUGACCAAGCUGAUGUCUAUCUUAUGCAAAACUGGGAACAUGUCGUGCAUCUACUGAAACAUCUUAACCAACAACCUCGUGAACCACAUGGAGUGGAUUUCUCUCGUGUGCGUAUGUGGUGUCUGAACAGUUGGUCCAAAUAUUACAGGCAGACUUUGAUCUUCAGCGCACUUCAGAAUCCACAGAUUAAUUCUAUUUAUAGUAAACACUGCUUCAAUUAUAAAGGACAGGUGGCUGUGAGGAACAUGCCUCAAACUGGUUCAAUAUGCCAUGUUGUUGUGCAAUUGCCACAUGUAUUCCAGCGAGUGGAUGUCUCCAGCUUCACAGGUUUGCCUGAUGCAAGGUUUGAAUUUUUCACCAAGAAGAUUUUACCUCAAUACAGAGAAGCAGUCAUGUCCCAUACGUUAAUUUACAUACCGAUCUACUUUGAUUACUUGCGACUCAGGAAUUACUUUAACCGUGAAGAACUGGGUUUUUCGCAUAUUUGUGAAUAUAGCAAAAAAUCCACUGUUAAUCGAGCAAGAUUUUACUUCCUGAAGGGAGAAAAAUCUUUCCUCCUAUUCACUGAACGCUUCCAUUUUUACAAACGGUACACCAUCAAAGGCAUCAGGCAUCUUAUUUUCUAUGAACUUCCUACAUAUCCACACUUCUACAGUGACAUCUGCAACAUGCUGAAAGCAGAAAAUAGGGGUGAUGAAGCCUCAUGGACGUGCACUGUUCUGUAUUCCAAGUAUGAUGCUCAAAAGCUGACUUCUGUAGUAGGAGCAGAACGUGCUGCCCAGAUGAUACAGUCAACUAAAUCUGUCCAUUUGUUUGUAACAGGAGAUGACAUGUAAGAUAAACUUGGGACUGGUAAUAAUUUAACUCUUUGUCAUGGCUAGAGUCAUAGAGUUGUGUCUGGGAUUUAAUACUGUAACUAAAUUACUAGCCUAUCAUUCUAUUGCAGAGUAUUUAUAAAUCUCUUCAUUUUUUCUCCUCUUAAUAUCAGGAAUACACCAGAUUAUGAGUGUUCUAUCUUCCAAUUUGUAGAUAAUAUUCUUUUAAUGUGAAGUAUGAAGCAUUGUGAUUUCUCUGGAUUCCUAAGAUUAGACAAACAAAACCAAGUAAAGCGGAAAAUAACCAAGUGUUGAAAUAAACUGCAGUUCUCUUCUUAUAAUUUUCUAUUGUGUGCUUUUAUUUUUUUUAAAUAUAUGGUUUCAAUCUCAUUUUCAAUGGUUAAGAAUUUCUUGAGUUGUGAAAGGUACGAUAUAAAUAAAGUCUUUAUUUCUAUAACUGCUAAUCUGUUGAUAUUAAGCACGUAAAUUUCCUGAUAUUCAUCCUACUUCUGUCAAGCUUGCUAGUUAGAUUUUUCCAUGUCAUUAACGCUGGUCAAUAUUGUUCAGUUUUUGUGAAAAUAAUCUUUGUAGCUAAACUCUUUUUUUUCCCUGUUUUCCCUUUUGGUGCUUUGUGCUAUUUUACUAUAAUUGGGACCAAUGGUUCUGGCUCUUUUUAAGAAGACAUUUUUGCAAGUGUAUUAUGGUUGAGUGCAAUUUUAAUUGAUUCAAGCAGCUUUUGUAUUGAUAAGGAAUAGCUCCUGACCAUAAAGCACAUUCCCUAUCAAUAGCACAUUUGUGGGAUUAUUUGAUUGACUGUGUUAAUCUCAGUCUUAAUACUUUGCUCAGCCUUGAUCUACAUGAGCUCCUGCAUGUAAGGAAAUAGUGCCCUGCUUCUGAUAGACAUUUCAUUUUCUGUGUAAACAGUCCUCUAUGAGACUGCUGAUAAACUAAAGUGGUUAGAAUUCUUGAGAUACUUUGACACAAGACUUUCUGAGAGAUGAUCAAACUGCCUAGAAUGAAUUGGAAACAAUGAUACAAUAAACUUCUUUAACUAAGCUUUAAAUUUCAUGUAAAGUUAUUCUUCACAUUAAGUUUGGAAACAAUAUUAGUUAUGUAGUGUUUGAGGAAGUUUAAGUUUCACCUGUAUGAGGGCCAAGUUCCAAUGGCUGGAAUGAGAAUAAAUAAAUGAAGUGUGUGCUUGAGAACAAAGUAAUGAGAUUAUCGAUGGAAGAAUGUGGCUUGCAUGUAUGGUGGGAACCUUGGGAAAACAAUAUGGAAGAAGGUGAAUGAUGCAACAUUGGCAUUGCACAAGGUAUUUGGGGAAUAAUGAACCAGGGCACAAAGGAAAAAAAGAAUUCAUCUUGUUAAAACAUCAGGGUGGGGACAAUGUUUGGUGAUGGAAUUGUCCCAAGUGGAAAGACAACUAGUGAGUGCUGGGAACUACAUUGUGUUUUAAAGAUUGGAGUGGAGGAAAAGGAAAGUGGUGGAGCAGAGAGAUGCUGUUAAAGCAUUAGAAAUAGGAUGGAAUAAGCAAGGAUUUCACCAACCAUUGCUGAAUAUCUUUUGCAUGGGAGAGGCUAUUUCCAAAGGAAAAUGUGCAAUUCAGAUAGACGAAUUUUUAAAAGUAAGGAAUGAAGGCAUGUGGUUGUGGGAAUCAGUGAGCUUGUGAUGGAUUUCACUGGAAAAUUGGCCUGAAUUAAGAGAAGUUCUGGAAGGGAACUAAGUAAUUGUUGGAGUUGCUGGAGAAGAUUAAAAUAAUAAAAGAACACAGCAAUAAUAGGCCUCAAUGCAAUGAGAAAAGAGGUCAAGGAGAGGGCCAGUAUUCAAUAUAUUGUAUUGGAAGGUAGCUGGGUAUGGAAACUGGCCAGGUUGCUUUGGUGAUGUGUAUCAAAAAUGUGUCGGCUAUUCAAGGUCAGGACACAUCCUGCUAAACUGAUUAGUAUAGAGAUGCAUGGGGAUUUGCUGAGUUGCAUUUCAAAGUGUGAGCAAAAUACUGAGACACUUCUGAUAAUGGUUAUGGGUGAGCGGUAAAAGAUGUUGCCAGAAAAAAACUGAAGUGCCAGGUGAAUAUAGCUGGAUGCAGGUUGGCUAUGAAUAGUCAGAAUUAGGAAAUUAGUUUGGAGGUUUGAGAGCACGCUAAAAUAAGUCAAAUAAAAUAAACCGAAGGUAGAUUAGUCCUGUAGGAAUUCAGAAAAUGUACUUGCACUGUUUAACAGGUUUUAUUAUUCUUCCAUUCUUUAGUCCUCAAGUCCAACAGCAGUCUCUCAUUGGAAAUGUAAUAUGUGACAACUCUGCCAAAGUUUCUCUGUUAAGUUUGUUUGGAAGUCUCAA